AUGGAAGAGGAACGUCCUUACAUUACAACCCAGUUUGGCCCUCACAUUGGGUUGAAAUGCUCUAAGACUGCUGAGACUAUGGCCACUAUUCUGAUCUCUCAAGAGUUGAAAGACGCUGGUAUCUUGGUUUUGUCACUUCACCCGGGCUGGGUACGUACAGACAUGGGGACAGAAAAAGGCGAUCUUUCCCCAGGGGAGAGCAUUUCUGGCUGCCUUAAGGUGAUUGGAUCCCAAGGUGAAGAGAGCACUGGCAAGCUUCUCAAUUACAAGGGAGAUUUGCUUCCUUUUUAA